GUACGCCGGAAACCGUUUUCCAUUUUCUGAGCUGCGAUAAGGGACACAUCAAAACCCUUCAGACAGGUUGUUGUAUCGAGAUACACACAGUUCUUGCUGACCAACAUAAUGCUUGUGUAAGGGGAAGCGGGAGCCAGGAAAGAAAAGAUCCAUCUUCAGUUACAGCGUCUCUGUCCCACUGUACACCAGCGUGUGACUUCUGAACUGUGUGAGCAGAAAAAAUCCACGUUAGUCGUUAAAACAUUGACGCAGUGGAGCUCUGAAAACAACAUCGCAGGUCUCUAAAGCAGCUGCUGCUUCUGAUGCUGACACAUUCGGUCAUGCUUCUGUAAGUGACGUUUCUUCGCCUGGCUGUGUUUUUGUCUCAAGGUUGCCAGUGUGGUGCUAAUCGAGUCGGACUUGACAUCCAUGCGCUCGCAACCGGGAAUAGGACCCUAUCCUCGCUGUCUGCUCGAAAAGGCAUAUCGUGGCUUCAAGGGCAAAGGCGUGUCUUGUGGCCUGCUUCUGGUUCGCGUGGCCCUCUGUGUUCUAUGAUUGGUUGCCUCUAGUCCAUUAAGGGGGAGAGGCACCUGUCUCCAUCUGCACAAGGAUCAAUCCUUAUUUCUCAGAGCGUUGGCGUGAUGGACGUUUUGGUCGCGGAAAACGGGGCACAGGGGAAGCACGCCUUGGUGCCCCUAGUUGCGAGUUCGGUAGCUGCACCUCCUUCGGUGCCCUCCAACGUCGUGACAGACCCACAAUUUGCCGCAGAGAGAAAAGCUUUCAUGGAAGAAACAACCGAGUUUGUGGAAAAGUACCACAUAAACGAGCUGUUCAACGACUUACUAAAGGAACUCAUUUUGAACUAUCCAGACAAUCCCAUUGAACACCUCAUCGACUACCUGGAACGGCCUCCCAGCCUCCGCGUUGUCAUCAUCGGACCCCAGGCAUGUGUGGGUAGCCAGAGGUCGGAACUGUGCGACAAGCUGGCUGACACUCACGGUCUCAUUCACGUUCAUGCAGGACGGUUGAUACGAGCUUAUCUAAAAAAGAGCGACAGCGGCCUCCUCAGCCACUGUAUUCAGAAGGGAGAACUCGUGCCUGACUCGAUUGCCAUUGACGCGGUCCUGCCGAUCAUCAGAAAAAAUGGACGGCGAGGGUGCGUCAUCAACGGCUUUCCCCGAACAAGGGUCCAGGCAGUAGCAUUGCAGGAAAGCAGAAUAGUUCCCGAUAAGUUUAUUAUCUUGACAGUUCCCGGGAGAGACCUUCAAGUGUACUUCCAGCUCCUUCCAACCACCGAAGAGCAUGAAACCAACGCGGCUAGGAACUCCCUUGUGGAUGAGACGUGCCACAACACUCCGCAAGCGUCACGCAUGCUUGGAUACGAACAGGCAGAGAAACAAUGCAGUACUAAGGCCAGAGCUUACGAAAGGCAUAUAUCCGGCGUGAUGCAGCAGUACGCGUCUGCAUACCACACGAUUAGCACGUCUGCGACCCUGGACGAAACCCUCCAAAAGAUCAGAGUUUUGGGACCAGUGGGAAGUGGCAAGUCGACACAAGCUAAACUGUUGGCAGAUUGGUACGGCGUCGUGCACGUCGACGCGCAGCAGCUCGUCCGAGAACUGGCAUUGAAGGACGAGAAAUUGAGAACUGUACUGCAUGAAUCCGAAGAAAAGGGAACCCUCUUGCCACAGGAGUUUGUCCUUCCACCAAUCCUGAACCGAUUGCGGCAAGCGGAUUGCUCUAGUCGAGGCUGGGUUCUCGAAGGUUUCCCUCAAACAUGCUCACAGGCUGAAUGGCUGCGGAACAUGAGGCUGACUCCAACGCAAGUGAUCGCCUUGGAUAUCGAUGCUGUGAGUCAGGCGAUUACCGGUGAUGCUUAAACGAUCGCUUGCGUCUACUCAAUGUCACGACACUCCCCUCUGCACCCAAAACCCAGCUGUUUCACGUGAAUAUGCGUUUACCUACCAUACUUUUGACAUGACCGGUGGAGGAACAUGACCUUUAGCUGGGAGCGGUUAGCAAUCAGUGCACGCCAUUCCUGUUUGCUUCCACACCCACCUCCUAGUUGGACGACUCUGUCAGACAACAAUGCAGUUUGUACUCAACAGCGGCUCAUUAAGCCAAGGAUAACACAGUAGUCCGAUCAAUGCAUGGUUUUUCGACGAGCUCAGGACACGCAACGAGAUCGUAUGGCAAAGCGACGGCACCACCCAGUGACGGGCCAAGUAAGGCAUUCACUUGCGACAUUUCAUCUAAGCGACACAAACUGAAUUGUUGCUGAAUACCGGAGCUUUAAGGGAUUUUUCUACACCACCUAAGACUGCAUACAUCCCCACAAACUUUAAACUCUGCCUCUCUGGUUGAGGCGGCUGGAAAAGGGACACAUUGCAAGCAUCGUUUGCAAACACGUAACGAGUAUCUUUGCGAGCGUUUAGCGCGUAUAUAACCAUUCGUGACGUGGACGGAUGGAUGCUUCAGCCGAACCCCCUCGAACAUGCCUACAACGGAGCUGCUGUUACACUCGUUUGUUGCGGGUUUCACUACCUGGUGCAUGUAAAAGGCUCCUCAGCGUGGUGAAUGGAUUCUGGAUACACUUGCUUUUACCCCAACUGACUUGGUGCCUGAUCAUUCCCCACCUUCUUUCCGUCCAUUACACCAACAAAGCGAGAAAGAGUCCCUCCUGCACUGUAGGUCAGCACCGCUUCAGCAAUGGCUGCCAACACGGAGCAGCCUCAGAGCCCGGAUUUGCUCUGUUUAGCCUGUCAAGGAGCGGCGAUGUUCGGAAGAUGAGUGUUUCCGUCCUUCUGCAUUGCCCCUGAGAUCAUUGUAGAUUUAUUAUGAGACUUCAAGUGAAGCUGAAGUAGCACAGCGCCUUCAGGUCUCCAAAUUUGAUGGGCCUGAUUUCUUGCAAAAGCAGUAGGUUUGAGCCCUGCCAAGGGGCCACACUAGGUUGAGACUCUAUAAGAAAGCAAGAGUCAUACGGCACCUAACCAGUCUCAACAGUCAGAAACAAAACAAGUGAAAGUUAUAGAAGAAUGAUGGAUUGAGUCGGAUGGGCUCCAUUUGCG